AUGCUUACUGAAUAUUUAGCCUACGAUAACAUUCACUUGCCUAGUGAGUCCCUGUCAGGGUAGCUUCCGAACUAAUCGGUGACUUCAUCAGGGAUCAUGAGUGAGCCACUCCGUCCCGUUGUAUUCCCUUUAUUUUACUGAGUUGACAGAAGAGAUAUUGCCGUAAGAACAUUUUUCCUAGACCUCCAUCCCCAAGUAUCUCAGACAUGCAACCCUCAUACAGCUAGGUAGUUCAUAAAAGUUAAUCUUCUGUGUGCUAGUGGAGGGGGGGGGGUGAGCGAAUCUAUUUGUGAAGGAUUUAGGCGAUGACUAGGGAGCCUUCCAACUGACGUUCACCGCUGGUCAGAUAUGGGAUUUGUCGGGAUCCAUUCGCCAUCUUAUGUACCGUGUGGUUUCUAUGAUUGAAGGUUGCACGCUUCCACACAGUGACAGUGAAUAAUGACCAAAUUUCUAAAGAGCAUUUACACCUUGCAAUUAUUUGUUGGUUCUGUGGUUAUAGUUUGGCAAUGUGCAUUCACUUGUCUUUCAGGUAGUUCACUUACGGUAUUAUCACAAGCUUGCGAUGGUGGCGAUGAGGACUCAGUACAGAGCUCUCUCCACGCCGUCUCGCAUCCCGAUCAGGGAUCCCCAUCUCCCCGACCUCGUCGCCAACUCUGGCACCAGCCCCAGACCCCUUCUUCCGAUUCCUCCAACUACCGUCCGUCAAUCAUUCCUCCACCCGCCUCCCUUGCUUCCAGCUCAGCAACAUGCCAACAACCAGCGUCCAGGAUAUCUGCCGAGCAUUCUUUACCAGUACCAACACCCCGUCAUACGGACUCCUUUGUCAGAAUGACAUUCGGUCCUCCUUUUGAUAUGAAGAAGCUAGUCGUGCAGGAAGAAGUCAACAUGCACAACGUCCGAUCGGAACUGGCGAUUCCAGACGAGGAGAUGUCCACCGAGGUGGACAUCGCUCUCCUCACGAGUCUAGACAGUGAGGCAGUGUCGACACUGAGUUCUUCCGACUGGGUGUCGGAACAUUCGGUAUCCACACCGGCAGAAAUGCGCGUGCAUGCGCCACUGCCGGUGUGGCGUUCGGACAAGCUCAUGGAGUCGAGGUAAUUGCCCUUUGUGGGUUUGCUCCAAUGUGCACUGUCGAAUUCCUUAAUGAUUGUUGCUAUUAGGAUCGAGAACAGCUGGAGCUACUGGAUACGGUUGCAAUAUUCUUCAACUCUGUUCUCUUUCUAUUGUAGUGAAGUGGGCAGGCUGCCGCUUGUCAGGAAGCGGCGUGCCUUCCUGACCGUGCAGGCAGCAGGUGACAUGUGUGAGGCAGUCACACUGGAAAAUUGCCUCAUCUACGCAGCCCACAGAGCCUGGCCAAGACGCCUUGUCAAAAGGAAGUCAAGUAAGCAGCCUCCUCCAUAUAAACAGAUUUGGUUCAACGCAUCGUACAUGAGGAUCAUGGAGACAUGACUAGGUUGCCUAUGAUUUUCAAUUGCCAGCACAGUGUUUGUGCAGUACACUGACCACUUCAGACCACUGCAUAGGCUUACCCUUCUGGACUGUUUGUCUUUGCAGAUGUGAAGUGGCCUGCCAUCAGCGUCACCAGAUCGUUCGAAACAGCAGUGAGCAUUCUUUGCAUGGGAGGAGAUGACGUGGUGGAGGAAGUAUCCGUGAGCUCCCAACGCGUAAGCUACUUACUUUGACCUUUUGAAUUGCAGGUGUCUGGAUUUGUUGGACUGGGUGUGCAAAUCCGUUUUCAUUUACCUGACAAAUCACACUCCUUUUUUUUAGCGUCGAUCUGGCGUGGGUCGCUUCCUUCGUCGGGUUUUCCGUCGUCUGUGUUGUUGUUUAAUAUCCGAGGAGAAGGACUUCAACGAAAAUCCAGAGACUUGUAGAUUUUGACAGCAACCUACCACACCCAACCUCAUCCCGCCUUCCACCGAUCCCUAUUCUCACCUGUAUGCAGUUGAAUAUGAAGUAUACAAGAGUAUAUUUGGAAGUAUGAGUCUUUUUGGUUUCUCAUUGACAACGGGUGUGGCUAGAUGAUGCCGCAGUGGCAGCUAGCAGGCAAUGUGAUUUGGCGUAAAUAGUUGGAUGGACGAUAUGCAAUUGAUGAGCACUGGAGUUGCACAGUGGUCCUUUGUAAGUCAGUAGGAGGGCUGGAUAUGUGGAGUGUUGUGCUACCUCAGAGGCGUCGUGUUUGAUCUCACUCAAUCAGAAUCCGUGAGCAUGAAACCUUGGAAUUUGAUGCAUAACUUGAGAUAACUGCUUUGGAACAAAUGCCUGUUGGCUGGGUUUGAAUGUUGAUAUGAUUAUUUGUGCCGAAAUACAUUAGCAACAACAGAAUAGCUUAGUUAUAUUCAAAAACUGCCAACGUCCAGUCAGUACUAUAAGACAGUUCGACCGUCGUUGCCGAAGAUAUACACCAUGCGCUGAAGUGCGCGGUGAGAACAGGAACGACGACUUGCACCUAAAUUAAUUUAUAAUGCUAGUAGACUUUUGCAGAAUCUACCGCGCCCUCUUCUCUUCCACCUGGUGCCGAUUUCAGGACAGAAUCCAAAAGGUCGGUUCUGGCAGAUAUCGCAGGCUUUUUGGCACAGGAAAUACCUGCACCUAGGCGUACCACCACACUCCCCGGUCCACUGUGCACGCUGAGCAGUAUUUCACACAGAAUAUGUGAUGAGGGGACUGUUCGAAGCCCACAGAUUGGGGGUGCCAUAGAAGUCACAUUAGGAGUGAGCCAUUGCAGCCAGGCUUUCAGUUCACCAGUCCGCCAAUCCGCUCACAAAUGCAGAGUUGGCAUGACCGCGAAGUCAGAUUAUAUCCCAUUAGUUGGAAAGGUUCCAAGUCACGGCUUUAAGCGUCCCUUGAUAUCUUCAAUCACAUGAGAUUGUUUAUAGUGAGCAAAGUGCACUGAGAUGUCGAUCUUACUCUCUGCUCCCAUUUCCAGACCCCAGCCACUUUCUGUGCUGGGCGGUCAUCAUGUCCGGGGGAUUUUCGCAGUGGAUGACAUGGCAAGUAACCUCACCUACGCGUGCCACAUACACGACCUGCCCACCCCCCUCCCAAAAUACGAACACUUAUUUCACAGAAUAAUGAGCGGACAGCAUCAUCUCGCAUGCGUGUGAUUGUAAGAGACUUGAAUCUGGUAAUCCCCCUCAGUGGUUUCUUAAAAGCCUGCCUUCUUGUUUUAGUUAGCUGUGCUUCAUGAUGGUUUGCGUGGCGCGAUAGCAGUUAUGAGUAUGUGAAUUUUGAUCUCCGAUAGAGACAUGGGCGUUAAAUUUGCCCGUUUUAGGUAACUGGUAAAUUGGGGGAUUUUUAAAACUAGGGUUUUCAGGCUUGGGUUGCGGUUUGGAUUUGGGAUUGAGAACAUUGUUAGGGUUUCACGACUUGACUUAAGGUUGGUGAUUUCCCAUUGAAGGAAUAGCCGUGGUUGACGUUAGUUUUACGGCAGAGUAUAGACCAAUCAAGGGGAUUACAUACAAUCCAUUUGCCCUGAUCCCCAACCCAACGUCGUCCAUUCCGUACAAACACACACUGGGCUGACUGCGAGAUCUGAGUUCCAUCGUUAGUUUGCGACCUUUCAGUCCACAGCACAUAGAGAGUCGUGAUAGUCUCCCGCUCGGAUCACACAUGCAGCAGAUGAACUACACGGAGAAGGAGCCGAGAAAUAUACUUCUCACUUACGUGAUGGGUGUCAAUUAGGUGCCUGUCUUGUGUGGUAUUGGGUACGGUCACGUGUGUUGUAGGUGCUGGUCAGGAGAGAUGUUGUGUGUGCGUGUUUGUGUAAGUGUCCAAUGUUGCGAUCACCAACGCAUAUUUCCAAAUCUGACGUCAUGGUAGAGGGUUUGGUUUGGGCAAACUUCACUGAUGAAGAAAUGCUUUCACAUGGCUCUGCCAGCACUCCCUUCGGUCAAGUUGUUUUGUGUCCGCCGUUGAUGUGCCUAGACCCCAGAGCUCUGCCACAGUGUGCUACGGCAAUCGGACAAAGGACAGCGUUAAUUGGCUUCGAGCACUGGUGAGGCUAGUGAAAUCAUGUCAAGGUGGCGGAAAGCAAGGCGGUGCGGACUGCCACAUGCGGUGUAGCCGGCGGUGUUCUACCGCAGGUAUUUCGUGCACACGCAUGUGUCCACACAGACCCCUGUGGUGAUAGAAUUCGUGUGUGCAGUGUGGGCAACGGAGGCGGAUGCGGUGAGCAUAUGUUGGUGCUCCAGGCACUGGUUCGCCAGUCCAUGUGCGAUUGAUUCGCAAGUGACCAAACACUCCGAUGCGUGAUAGGUAUGUGCGAUGGCAGUAAGGAGAGGUUGGGACUGAGGCCACAUCUUUAGAGAUGGGAGCGAAAUUGGUGAGGGUGGUUGCUGGCUGCCGGUGGGAGCGUUUCGGUUGAUAGCAGAGCUGGUAGAAGUGCUUGUCGCCGCGACGGCUCCGGCAGAGAUGAUGGAGUUGGCGAUGAUUGACAGGGACGUGGCACGAGGAUUCGGAGCAGCGUUGGUGAGUGUAGGCGCGUUCGUGGACGUCAUGGGGGUUUAAGCAGGGGCGGACGCGGUGGCAGAAAUUGGGGUUGUCAGAUGGUUGGUGCAAUGGAUUUGGAUCCGCGAGCGGAACAUUCGCUGACGUCGUGGGCAGGUUGGGAGGGGGUGGGGGGUUGAAGGUUGAUGCGAGGUGUCAGGGUCGCCUGGGACCUGCGAACGUCCCUUUUGAAUUUGGCAACGGCGAAUCUGUUGGCUUCAUAAAUGGUUGCUCCAUUCUCACUGCUCUUAUCUACGCCGGUCGAUUCGAUUCGAGGUCACUCCUAGUCUACGGGUUUAUUUACGGGCGUUUCAUGACGUCCUUCCAGGCGUAAUGUUAGCGGCGGAGUUGGCUUACUUGCCGGGGAGCACCCAAAGCGAUAUCGUCUCGGGUGACUUGUUUUGUUAGUGGAGCGUUGUCCCUCCUCGCGGGAUGCCGCUCCACUGUAGUCGCAGAUUCCUGAGCAUGAUGUGUAUGUUAAGGAUAUCAUUCCGUUCCAGAAUUUAUCCGUCCGGGAUCCUGUCCUUCCCCCUCAAAUUUAUUGUCCGGUGGUGACAACUGAGGUGAAAGUGAUUGACUAUCUGCUCCUAAUUCGCAUAUUCUGUCCUAGUCCCCUUGAUUGUACAGAAAAGUAAUCAAGAUAACCGCUUUGUACAUCUUCAGUUGGAUAUUGACUUGGAGACCAUGGCGUAGCUAUACGGAGUUCUGCAGCCAACCGAAGACUUGGCUGGCUUCCAAGAUCCUGUGGGCCAUUGCAGAUAAAUCCACCAAAACGAUAUUUAACUUACCUAAUGAUCACUUACCUUGUGACCUACGAGGCUACAGUCAGAGCCAUAUAUUGGAGAGGAAGAGUCAGGGAGCCAUUUAGCCGUCGUCUUCGCAGGUCGCCUUUGUUACCAGCACGUCCUGUCGAUCUCGUCUCUGUAUAAGAACUUAGUUCAGUCGUUGCCGGCGCCGCGAUCAACGGUACAUUUAGUCUGCCUUCUCACGCGUCGAAAGGCUGAGAAAUAUGUUGAUGAGGAAGAGAGGGUACACUGCACAGGCUAACAGAAGGAGAGGUCAUUGUUAGUGAAGACUCCAAGUUCAGAGGCACCCAGCACGUCAUUCCAGGCAACAAAAUCUGUAAUGACAUUGGUAUUAAAGUCAUCAAGUGUGACCAGCUUGCCUGCCUUCAUCGCGGUCGCCAGGUCGGUGUGCAGCUCUUUGAGGAGCUGGUUUCUCACGUUGCCACAGCUGGUUAUUAGGGGCGGGCGUAGAUGCUGAUGAUGAUGUCAAAUUUUCCUCCCCGUAGAUGCAUACACAGGGUUGUCGGGAUGGGAUAGUCGACAAGACACAGAUUCUCAAAUCAGAAAUCAGGGAAGACGGAUUGGGUUGGGAACCUUUUGCUGCUGAGGACAUGCAUACAUAAAGGCUCUGCAAGCGGUCGCCGAGAGCGAUCUCUCCAAGAUGGUUGUGUCGUGCCCGCUGUUGAGGUACCUAAAGUUCAUCGCGUGUGUGCGCCUGUCGCUUUGCCUCAGUGUCCGCCAGCCAAUCAGAGGAAGGGGAACCAAUCAUUGGCAUCGAGAGGCUAGCGACGGGACCGCGCGUCCCAGCAGCCGAUCGACAGGGAGGGUGAGGCAGACAGGAUGGCAGUAUGACAAAGCGGAGGGGAGCAAGGAGGUGCCGACUGCCACAGGAUUAUCAGAGACACUAAAGCUGUUAUGCAGUCGUCCCAGUUUGUCACUCUGAGUGGAGAAGACGUUGUCGGCGUCGCGUUGUCCUAUCUUUGUAGCCUGCGCCAGUCUCAUCUAGUUGGUCUUGUUCAGAGUACCCUGUCUCGGGGAGGGUAGUGAUGCCUACUUUAUAGCUCACUGGGCCUUCCGCGACUAACCUCAUCCUGUUUUACGGUCCGCGCAUUGUCUAGAAGAAGACGAACAUUGCAGGCUGCCAGAAUGGAUAGAGUCGACCGUGGGUAAUAUGGAGGAAUGAGGACGAGGGUUGUUGUUUGCUUGUUCGCUUGUUUUGACCUUGAUUUUUCCCUUCACGAGGCCUGGUAUAGUUGGAGAUGGUGCAACUUCGCAGUAUUUAGUCAGGUCACAUUGGCUAGCACUUUCCCUCGCGAAUAAAUAAUCAAAGCUAUCCAUCAAUGAGGCUGCUUGGAUAUUUCAAACGAAAAAAGCAAAGAGGCGAGUUCCAGAAAGCAGUUCAUGAGAAGAAAUGGUGAUGGCUGGGAAAAGGGGUUCGAUGGGAGCGUUUGACAGGACAAAGACGAAGAUUAGCGGACAAAACGUGCUCUCACAUUUCUGAGGCGAAUAAAGAAAUAAUGGUCCAGACGGAUGCAUCUAAUUAUCUGCUAAAUGGCGUUCUUCUUCAGAAGGUCUCAGACGGAAUUAUCCUGACCUUAAUGGAUAUUGUGUGAUCACCCACGAGGGCAGAACGAAACUGCCGUUGAAUCGAGAAGGAGGCGCUGGCGACAAUAUUUGCAGUACAGAAAGCCCACAAGUUCAUUUACGGUAGAAGUUUCGUUCUUCACAUGGUCCAUCGAACACAAAUCGUGGCGUAUCACAGUACGCGGCCGAGAGGAUAGGACGCAUGAGCGCUAUGCUCAUUCAGAAUUUUGGAGCUUCGGACGCUCCAUCGUGACUGAUCGUGGGUAAAGGGAAACGGGAAUACGUGGUGAUCGUAAGCAUUGUGAAACAAGGCGACGGCGAGUUUAAAGACGUUAUCGGACAGGUGCUCCUCACAGUUGAACAUGUCAGGGCAACCAGCACAACAGAGCCACUAUUACGUCAGGUAAAGGAGUUUAUUCCGAAUGGUUGGCCAAAAGAAUAUGAGGUACACCCAGCUAUAAGAGAUGUCAGGAACCGGAAGGAGCAUUUGCAUAUCGCCAAAGAAUGUAUAAUAUAUGAAAGUAAAGUGGUUAUCCCGACUGGACAUCAGCAACUGUUUUUACGUGGACUGCGACCAACGUAUGACGCGCAUGAAACAACUAGCUCGACGGUACAUAUAUUAGCCAGAAAUUGAAGGUGAUGGAGAAUCUUUCGUUCAAGGUUGCGGUCCUCGUCGACGCGAGGCUAAAAACCCACGAAACGUAACACCCGUCCCAUGACCAGAGGUGACGAGACCAUGGGGUGGCGUCCAUACAGACUUAUCUGGAUCCUUCUUUAACCGAAUGUUUCUCGUAGUUGUUGACACAUGGUCAAAAUGACUGGAAGUUUUCGACAUCAUUACAUCCAAUGUCGAAAUUAAUAAAAAGGAGACAGAAGGACUUAUUGCAAGGUAUGUCAUCCCCACAGAGAUUGUGGCAGAAAACGGCACGCAGUUUACGUCAUCACUUUUUCAACAGUUGUGGCAGAAAUGGAGAACAUGGCAUGUGAUAUGCCCGGCAUUUAACCCGAUCUGAACGGCCAAGCAGAAGGUCUUGUUGAUGGCUUCAAGAGAGCAAUGAAAAAAGUAGGACCGGCGAUCGUUGAAAUGGACCACCUCGAAACGUCCCUUUUGGUCUACAGAACAACUCCGAAAAGUGGUCCAGGCGGCCAAACCCCAGCCUAGGGUUUUUCGGAUCGACAAUCGAAUGCUUAAAAGCUGAUGUCCGAGUAUCGAAAACGCUAAAAGACUGCUUCCAGAAGAGAAAGGCGUUUGCCUGAAAUAAAAAACGCGGCGACCAACCACGGGUACAGGGCUCUGCCAGAAUGUAGAGAAGCGUUGUCUUCGAAGUGGAGACACAAAUGGGAAAAUUAAACGGCAUGCGGACCAGCUGAGACACAGGCUCACCACAAAUGGCCGAAUAGACCUUUGAGGCCCUGACUCCCAAUGUAGACAUAAAGCCGACGCCAUCUCCCGUCCACAAGUGUUACAGGAAAAUUUAACCCCCAAACCACUCAUCUUGAACCCGAAGAAGAAGAGGUACGAGAUCCAAAUUACAAAAGCGCGAGGUGUUAUGGAGAGCGCAAGCAGAGUAAAUUCUCGACCUAGGGCGAAGGGAAGACUUGACCACGCACGGAACAGCAGUCCAGGUCGGCAGCGAGAUACGCGCUUAGCACUACACUGUGGACCAGAGUGUGCAACCGUACCGAGUGUUAUGCUCUAGCCGUAACGCUAAGCUGGUGGCCCGGUCAACAAUAUUCCACAAUCGAAUCCCCAAAAGAGAACUCAGCAGCACGGAAGGAGAAUAAGAGUCGAUUGUUGAGAUUCUUGCAGAAAAAUCUGACGAUAACGGGUAUAUACAGAAGUAGGCAGAAAGGUAUUUCCGACAAAAACAAGGGAGACUGGAAUGGUCAUUUCUGGCUUAUUAGCCGUCGUCAGCCAGUUAUACCCAACCCCGAAGUGUACAACACCCGAGGCUCGAACUGGUGACCUGUUAGUUAGAGGUUCACGCCUAUAACCACUGGGCCACGCACCCGUUGUCCUGUCGGUUUUGUUUGGGAAUAUACAAUGCUAGGGAGCGCUCACUGAUUGUUCUUACGGAACUCAUUCGUUCCGUUCUGCCUUACGGGCUUUCUCUCGAGCCCAACCAGCAGCUGUACAGCGGCGCAUGAUAUAGGCAGUAUGGUAUUACCGACAACGACAACGCCCCCUGCCAGUGUAUAUUCCCGAUCGAAACCGACAGGGCAAUGUGAUCGUGACCCAGUGGUUAGAGGCGUGGACUUCUAACUAACAGGUCGCCUGUCCGAGCCUCGGCUGUUCCACACUUCAGGGUUGGGUACGACUGUCUGAGGACGGCUAAUAAGCCAGAAAUGGCCAUGCCAGUCUCCCUUGACUUUUUCGGUAAUACCAUUCUGCCUAUGAUAGUUAAUAUUACAAACUCACCUGUGUAUCCCUUUUUAAUCUGGAAAGCAUUUCAGAAGUUCAGCUAACAUCUAAUGAGAUAAGUCAGCUACCGUAUGCACCGUUAAUACGUUAAACGGCUGUCUAUUUGAGCCCAAGUAUGCUGUGGAGAAAUCAGUGCGAAGUCAAGUGUCGUCAAAAGCGUGUGUAUGUGUCAGUAAUGGUGUAUAAUAAGUUAGAGGUGCCGAAUACUGUCAUAAAUAGACGUUGCUAAAUCCUGUACAGCUGUAGGUGAAACAGUUUGGCAUUACCAGCGUAAAGCGACAAGACGAUGUCCGUCGGAAAGCAGAUAUGCACUGUUUUUGCCCUGAAUGCAAAAUGCUGUGCUAGUCCUGCCUGCUCUUAAAACACACUGCUGGCGUGAACAUAACGAUACCGGCGGGUAAAGCAACCUUACUACCGCUUGAAGAAGAACUUCCGUAUGUCUAGCCUAUCCCCAUACACACACAGUUUAAAAGGAUGUUCUUACAGAUGCGUCGUAGUUGCCAACUCGAUAAAGUUACCGGGAACAAGGCAACAGUCCUGACUGCGCAUGGCUACUUUGCCAGUGUAAUUUGGCUGGGCAUCAUCCAGGCCCGGUGUCUUUGACGCAUUUAGCGCCAAUAGCUCUUUACGAGCAGUAGUUCAGGCAAUAGAUAAGUUCCAUUGCUUAAUCAACCUCUACGUCACAGUCGGGAGGCCUUGAUUCGGUUUUCCACUCUAAGACUGACGUAAGGACUGCGAAGGGUGUGCUGCCCUUGUUUCGUCCGCACUGAUUUCUGCAUUCUCACUAGUCGCACUGUUUCGCGUGCUACUUCGCACGCAAGGGUUGAACAUCUUUGAGUUUCUCCGCAGCAUGCCAUAAUAGUCCUAUUUCCAAAUGACGUAGCACUUUGAGGAUGAGUAACCUAGUCAGGUUGUAUGCACAUAUGGACCGGUGGCAGCCUCGGAAAGGCAUGCGCCAUAUCGCCUAACUAUUUUCAAUCCUCGGCUAUGUUGUUGUUUACUGUUUACGGCGGUCUUCAUUCGAUAGAAAUUACAAACUUGAAUAUUUCUUUGAACUGUGCAGGACAUUUCGGGCACCGAGAAGCCAGAUAUCUCAAAAGCUGUUCGAAAGUUGUUUUGCUUGCAUGUCAUCUAGGCGCCAAUAAGCGUUGGACAUUCGUUCCGGUGAUCGACAGAAUUUCCAUCGAUUUUUGAACGAAUAUAUGUAUUAAUUCUGUCGAAAUGACCAAGAGUAUCAAUAGUUUAUAAUGCGUUUAGGUCAUAACUAGCAGCCGUUUCUGAUAACACUCAGUAAAAAACGCAUUGGCCGAUUUGGUCCAAGCUGUUUAUAACCCUUUAAUACAGUGGGUGACCGAUCUCAUGAAAUGUUGGCUGAAAUUCUGAAAUGCGUUUUCGAUUAGGAAGGAUUACUUGGUCGCGGUUGUAAUACUGAUUAUCCUGCGACAUACUCUUUUAACAUUUCGGACUCGGCAGGAUGUUGGCUUUUAAAUGCACUUCUUUUCAAUCUCCUGUAGAAAGCGUGUUCGGUAAGAAAAAUGACUACUUAAGUAGCAUGCAUUUUUCCCAUUGAUUUUCGAUGGUCUAGGAAAUUCAAAUAUAUUUUAUAAAACUCACAAACAAAAAUAUGCUUUCUUUUAGUCAAUCAAUAGAGAAUCACGUCUUCUUUAUAUUCUAUACUUAAGGAAAGAGUAUAAUUAGGUUUUAAAAAAGUUUCUAAUUAUGAGACUUUUUAAGACCGCAAAAUGUUCAUUCACAUAGCAUCGUACCUGGCCGCUUAUCACUGCUCCUCAUGAAAUGUACAACAUGAUCCGCAUCCAUCGCAAAAUUUUAUGGACUCUGUAUGAUAUCUCUUUAAUGGCAUAGAAAAAUUUGUGAUUUUUUUUACGCGGAACGCAUGCACCUUGUAGAGUGAAAUCACCAAACGCUAAUGCGACGAAUGAUCAGGCUCCAAAUUAUUCGACAAUUAGAAAACUUUUUUAAAACCUAAUUAUACUCUUUCCUUAAGUAUAGAAUAUAAAGCAGACGUGAUUCUCUAUUGAUUGACUAAAAGAAAGCAUAUUUUUGUUUGUGGUUUCUAUAAAAUAUAUUUGAAUUUCCGAGACCAUCGAAAAUCAAUGGGAAAAAUGCAUGCUACUUAAGUAGUCAUUUUUCUUACCGAGCACGCUUUCUACAGGAGAUUGAGAAGAAGUGCAUUUAAAAGCCGACAUCCUGCCGAGUCCGAAAUGUUAUAAGAGUAUGCCGCAAGAUAAUCAGUAUUACAACCUCGACCAAGUAACCCUUCCUAAUCGAAAACGCAUUUCAGAAUUUCAGCCAACAUAUCAUGAGAUCGGUCACUCACUGUAUAUUAGAGGACCAAUUUAGACGUAUUCCCCGAUCACUUGAUUUGGACGCGCUGUUUAAGUUAUAAAUGUGACAGGACACGUAGGCAGCACAGUUUACAGUUUGAUGGUGUCAUUCAUCUUUCCCGGAAAUGGUUUAAAACUGGUUUGGCCAAAUGAAAGCACAGUCACGCUUUGCUGUAAAGAUGGAGUAGCCCAGUUUAUCUUUCUCAAUAAUAUUAAAUUCCCUUCUUGGCUUUCUCAUUAAUAAUUGCUGUUCCCUCUGAUGACCUGGCAGAACUACAGGUGGCACCCUCUUGUUGUCAGUCAAGACACGUAUUUCAGUUUUUGAUGCAGGGACGUCCAGCUUUUGUACGGUAGAUGAUCCCACCUGCCGAAACAAAUUAAGUAGACACGGAAGGAUCAUUUAAAGAAAUAUGCUAAAACAGCAGUUCAUUUAAUAUAAAUGACCAUAGAGAGGAUAUACGUACAGGUAUAUUAUAAGUGAAAUUGGAGAUUCCUUCUGACCCAACUGUGAACAACUCGGCAUCUGAGUGGGUUUCGAAUCCACGACAGAAAGGGGACGCUUUAGUACAGUCAACGCCCUAGCAACUUAAGCAAUGAAGUCCACACGCGACUUUAAUCACAUUAAAGUAACUUACCCGUCCAGCAAAGUCUGAAAUCCACCAAAUCUGAUACGUUUAGCUGACUGCCUAAGCGGGCUUUUCUAAGUAAUCCAUCUGGAAUCCAUCAGAGUACUUACAAGCUCGCGUAGUUAAUAAGUAGUUUGGCAGCUUUUGGAUAAUUCAUUUUGGCCCAACUGCGAAACUGGAGAUUCAACAAUAUCCAUCAGGCAGAGAAUAUAAGGCUUGACAUGGAAUUGAAUUUCCGACCUUAAUGAACUUCUUACCCACUGACGAUGGCUUAGUCUCGAGUGGGGUGUAAAGGGUUAUAGGGGCGCAAGGGUACGCUCCAGACAGUCAAAACAGGCGGAAGCAACUGAGGCGGCAAUAGUGGUGAAUCAAGAAUGCUACUUGAUCAUUCAUUUAUCGAACAGCGUGAAAAGUGGCAUUGUGAAAUGUAGAGCUUCAACAGUCCUUAGAAUAAGCACAGAUCAGCUGUUUCACUGUGAUCAAUUCUGAUCGUAGGUGCUACCCUACCUGCUAGUUGCCAGAAAAUGCAUUUAAAACGGCGUCCUUUCAAAAGGCAAGCUAGAAAACACAAUUUAGGUAAGUCUUAGUUUCAUUAUGGACUUUUCUUUUGAAAGUGUCCUAGACGGGAUAGGCUAUUUAUUGGAAAGGAUAACUACCCGAAAACCGGUUCCAACCAUACUGAAGGAAUUAGUGGACCAGUCUCCUGUCUGGCACGCAGCUCGCAACGCAGAUCCGACUGAGAUUUCCGCUACAGUGUAUCAUCUAGUAGACACAACCUAUCCUUUUCCCUUUGAAGAAUAAUCCAUUAUCCUUUGAGAAUCUUCAACGAAUUUGUUCCGUCUCGCGUAAGUGUUGCUUUCCAUCUGUAACCACACCCAAGAUGCUGGAUCGUGUUUUUACGAGUUUCUCUUCCGUUCAAAUACUCGCCAUGCUCUGCAAGGUGCCUUGCGAAAAAAGAGUCUGCCUAUGUUGAACGCCCACUUAUCACCAUUCUGCUUGUUUUUUUCCAGUCAUUGCCCAAUUUAGAUGUAAUCUGCAAAACCCCUCUUCGCACAGAAGAAACUUCAGACGUGGAAGUGAUUACGCCGCCUGCGUAGGUGUCACACGCAUCCGAGUAUUCACAAUGUGGAUGGGUGGGAAUAAACUACCCUUUUUUGAAAGUUAAGCGAAUAUGGGCGGCUGCAUUGCGAUGAAGCGCGGAGGAAGUCAAAAACAAUUUUUUUCUCGUAAAAAACUUUCGAUACCUCACCGUUUCAGUGCCAAACGGCAGUCUGGUGCAGACCGUUAUUAUCGUAAACAGAAACCAGAUUUUUAGUUCGACGCUUCUGGGGAAUUUUCGCAGACCGUGCCCUGCCAAAAAUUAAUGAAAUGGAGGAAUCGCUUCACAGAAUGAACUUAUUUUAGUGAAGACUGCACAAACAAACUCGCUGAUGGUGAAAACGCAAGUUAUAAAAAAUCGCGAUCUUCGAUAGCGACAAGGAAACGCACACUUUCGCAUUUAAUUUUUGCAGUUUAAACAGCUGCAAAACGACAAUGCUUACCUAGUUUUGAGCAGUUAUCUUUCCCAGAAAGUAAGUGGUGUCUUUCAAACUUUCAAAACACACAGAAGCGUUGAGUAUUACUGUAAUCCUCAAUAGCCUUGCAGCAUGCUGUAGGAAAGUAUACAAAUUCCUUCAUCGAGUAGAUUUUUGACAAAAAGACAUGAACAUUCCACUUUCGGCCUUUCCUAUCUGGAAUAAGAAAUAACAGUGAAUCAUGCUACGGUGAUUGGCUGACUGCAGACUCUAUGUAAACAUGAUCAUCAUAAGAUGAAUUACUAGCAGACCUCAGGAUAAGGAACUGGCGUUAGGUGUCCAGCCGUACAUAAUCUCUAUCUGGACUUCAGAAGGGGAGGGUAUCAUGGAGAUAGACUUGACAUUAUGCUAUUCUGAAAAUGCGGAACCACGCGUGUGUGCUGUCUACUGAUAAAUCCUACUUAAAGAAACGAGUAAGGGAGAUUUGUUGUUGCCUUAGACCUCCGCUAGACAGUCGACUCACGGCGGUCCCUGGGGAAUGACUCUAGGUUACGUUUGCGUAACAAACCGAAAUCUGGCUCUCAACAGCGCCUGAAUAUAUGGUUCAAGCGGGUCAACACAUCAAUGGCUGACAUACCUGUGCUCAAGUCUCAGAUCUUCGCAGCCGGAAGGUGACAUCUGACCUGCGGUUUACAGCGGUGUACAAAUCACUUCAGUGAUCUUUGUUUUUUGGCACUUUUUCGCCUGAAAUCUUUUUUGUUGUUGCUGAACUUCCGCCUUUAGUCGCUAAUGAUUAUAUUUUCGUAAUGCAUUUGUACUCUACCUCCAUGCUUUAAUGAGCAUGUACUAAUUCGCAAGAUGCCAUCGGCGGCAUUUGGUCGUGCAUAAUGUGAACAGAAACUGCCGAGCGACUAAUUGUACUUACGAAUUAGACUUGAAAACAACAAGCGGCCUGGAAGGCUUACAGGCUAGCUUGAACGAAGGAUUGUACCCUAAGUUCCCGGAGGCUUGUGGAUGACAAGGAACAACCAAGAAGGCAUCUUGAAAGCUGGGUGCGUAAUACAGUCGCCGGGUUGUACCAAGGUGAUUUCCAAGGUGGCUUUCAGCGAGCUCUAACAUGCUAUCACCGUAAGUAGAGGUUCACAGGGCUCAUGGCUGAGGGCCAAAUUGACAUUUCCUAGCUCAUUUUCUUCGACUGCCUGCUUUCCUCUGUAGUUAGAUAAAAUGCUAUUUGGUUGUUUGAUAAGACACGGACUACCCUCUGGGUACUACAGGCGGCCUUGUCUAACAUUCCAGAAAGGGUAUUUAUUCCCACGUCAUAGCCCGAUCCUCAACAUUAACUCUUGUGACGGUUCGACGCUGGCGUCCGACGAUGUCUACCGUGUGCAUUGCAGCAAGGUCAAAACAGGCACGCCGACGUGCGCGUGAAUUAUUUCAUGGUGAGCGCGGCCAUACUCAGCGUCUAUCACAGUCUCUCCUACCCCCCCCCCAUGCGGGCCCGGUGUCAAAAGAUAAUCAGGAAGACCAGAGGCGGGAGGGGGCGUGGCUGGCAUGCUCAAACCCCCAUCGCACUCCCUUGUCGAAAAAAACACCCGACCAGAUUUUUAACCAACCACAACAACGGGUCAGAAAGAUGAGGAUAACUGGGCAAACAUGCGCACGACUUAUAUGCUCAGCGGAAGAGUAAGCGCAUCUUCCGGCGGCGAACCAGACACUACAGAACUGCCAGCAAACACCAGACUGCGCGGGUCAUGGGUUGCUGAGUCCUAGCAUAAGAGAGGCACAAAAUCCCUAAAGCGCCAACUCUUGUACUAACCCUAACAGUGACCCUAAAUCUACCUUAACACUAGCUGUAACUUUAAGUAUACUCCUAAGCCUGACCUUGUCCCUAAGUUGGCCUAUGACCUUCGUCUCCAUGGGAACUGGCCCAAAUUACAAAAGGGGGGUCAUCGAAUCCUCCUAUCGCUUUGUCAGUUUUUAUUCUUGCAGCAGUUGAUGUUGUUAAAUAAAGACUGAAAAGAACUGUGAGUGGGUUACUACAACCGGAAGGAUGUUUGAUAGUCAGCUGCGUUUAAUAGGCAGUAUCGCCUAGGACCUAUUGUUCUCUGCUUCAGGAGAACCCUGCUAAAAUAUAAGUCUAGUUAAGAUACUGUUAAACACUUCCAGAACCUAGGGACCGCGGUUAGUGGACGCGGGAAAUACGGUAGGAAACUGCAUGAGACGCAAGCCCUAUCAUCAUUUCCUAACAGACUGACAGAGCCACACUGUUUAUUUUCGGAGAGAAGAGAGAGAUGUUUUUACAGACGUCGGAGAUUAGUAUGACAGCGUGAGUGAACAUCGGUAGUUUACCCGGCCCAAAUGUGAUUAAACUUACCUCUUCCGAUGGGGCCUUAUAGCUCAGGUGGGUCAGGUUACCCGCCUUACCUAGUGCAACGUCUGAAAUCCACCAAUUCUGAUACAGUAAGUUGACUGUCCGAGCAGGAUUUCUUAAGUAAUCCAUCUAGAAUCCACCAGUUGUCUAUUAGGCUCACGUAAUUCAUAGUUGCUUUGUCUGGGCCGGUAACCUGACCCAAAUGUGAUUAAACUCACAUCUCCCGGUGGGGCCUCAUAGUUCAGGUGGUUAGAGCGUUGGCUGUACUAAAGCCCUUUCCUUGUUGUCGUGGGUUCAAACCCCACCGAGGAGCCGAGUUUUCGAAGUUGGGUUAAUAUAACCAACUCAUUACAUUUUAAAUCACUCUUCACUUUUUCCUGAGCAGGUUUAAUCGACCAUUUCUGACCUAGGCCGGGCACCUUUCCAAGACAGCCCAGUAGAGGGAAGGAACUACUACUGAUGUGGCUGUCGCUUCAGUUACGUCCUUCCAGGUAACUACGUGGAUGCCGAAAUCCCACAGGCCGGUAAACUGUCCGCCUUUGGCGACCUCGCUAAAAGGCUGUGUCUACCACUUUGACGGACGUUGCCGGGUAGAAGGCGUAGGUACCGACGAUAGUUACUAAUUAUUCCCUGCAAAGGGACAGGCUCAGGUUAAUGAGACAGUCAUUGAUUGAAUGAGGCCUCGUAGCUCAGGUGGUUAGAGCGUUGGCUGCGCUAAAGCCUUCCCCUUACUGCUUGGGUUCGAAUCCCACCGAGGCCCCGACUUUUUCACAGUUGGGUCAAUAUCAAUAUGAAUGAGGAAAGGUCAUAAUCGUUUCACAUUUUAUUUUAUGAUGAAAAGGUUGAAUCUAACGUUUCAAUACUUUGAAUGGCUCUGGAACGAACAUUAUUAUCGGCCUGAGGAAUCGAAGUCGCCGUAACACCCUGGAAGGAAUGAAGAUGUGGAUUCGCUGUUCGUUAUUUAGCACAAUUUUUACCUUAUAUCUUGCACUGACGUCCGCUACCGGCUGCUUGUCGGAUUAGUUUUACCAGCGUUGCCAAGCGGCAUGAAGUACGUUCUGAAUAGGAUUGCAUUUUCUUCCUAGUCAACUACCGAGUUCCACUGAUAAUGUCAUCCCAAACUCGAACGUCUGUGAAAAUAUCUCUCUCUUCUCUCAGAAAAGAAACAGUGUCGCUCUCACAGUCUGCGAGGACACGCUAUUGUGGACUAUGUUUUAUGAAGAGCAGGCACGUUCACUGCGACAAGAACUUUAUUCACCUGAUGUUUCGGAUUCCCGCUUGAACCCAUCAUCAUGCAAUUUUCUACCAUAUUUCUUGCGUCCACUAACCACCGUCACCAGGUUCAGGACGUUGUUUACAGUAUGUUAACUGGACAUAUCUGUCCCAAUGCUAAAAACCAAGCAAAGGACAGGGAGAUUGACUGUCCCCUAUUUCUAGAAUUAGGGAUAAUUUCCAUAGAUAUUAUGGUGGCCGAUAAACCUAAGGAUACGAACUAAAAUCACGUCUUGUGGCGGGGCCUCGUAGCUCAGGUGGAUAGAGUUUUAGCUGUAUAAAAACCUUUGCCUUGCUAUCGUCUUUUCGAAUUCCACUGAGCUGCGGAGGCUUUCCCAGUUUAGUCAAUAUGCAUUAUAUAAAAUCUGACGCAACUUCUAUGAAGCAAUGAGUUAUCGUCGAUGUAUGGAACUCACGUUGAAUAUCUUAGAGACCAUUAUCGAAAAUGAGGAGCAGCAACUAAAAGGGUGCCUUAUUUCGAAGUAGGUGUAUCAAAGGAUUAUUUCAAUAAAUUCUCGUCUCUCUCUUCAUUACGAACCAAUACCAUUGUAAAUAAUUAUUCUGCCUCCCUAUACCUAGAGUGCUGGAAGAAUUAUGCAGCCUGAUGGGGUUUACGUCCUGUGGAGUAUAAAAAAAAACAGUAUGCAUUGUCAUGCUGCUUCCAAUGUGAGCCAAUGAAAUGGCGGUGGAUGCUUCAAGACGUUCCAUACUCCCAUAAUAAAUACACCUAUCGUGGGCGUAUAGCGCAGGUUAGCGAAAAUGCGCGCAACGGUCCUUUUUUGUUACUUAUUAGCUAGCCUGAACUUUUUUGAAUCAGGGUAGGUGAUUGUUUUUCAUUUCUGGAAAAUACCUUUCCAUAGUAAUUCUUUCAGCAGUAGUGAAACUGAAUUCUUGUAUGUAGAGUUCGUGACUUUUUAAGUGACAGUCGUCCAGCUAGUUCGUUAUUCAAAGCUUAAACACAUGACUGCAACCAUUCGAAGUCAUUAUUAUACAACAGUACGCCAACACACAUUUUACUCACACCUGCCUCACCAUCAAAUAACGCACAUGGGACUAUGUUAUAAGACAUCAGUGGCAUUCAAUUUACAACUAUUUUUGCCUAUUUUCCGAUUUGUCCCGAGAUUCUUGUUCUUCAUACUCCAUACGCUCCCAAUUUUAUUAACUUGCAUGAAUCUUGGUAAGAUAUUUAAACGGAGUCAUAGAAAUGCGUCCCUGACAUUUAUUCUUGGUCAGUCUGCAAAUAAAGCAUAGAGAUCAAUUUAAUUAACUCUUAUAACGAAGGAAUUGUUCGAGGAAAAUGUAUGAGCAAAUCAUACAUAUGCACAUUUUGAAGUUCUGGCAGUCACAUGAAGCCCGUGGCCUGUUUACGAUUAGUGGAUCUUCUCGAAAGACUGAAAAAUGUUCAUGUAUUAUUCGAAAGUUUUUCUUAGCUGGAUGUUGUUUCUGACAAUAUAUCCAAGCCCAUGCCUCUGAACAUGAGGUGUUCAUUGACCCCUCAUGUCAGAUAGCCCUCUUGAAGUGUACCGCCAUCUUUAAAAGUAGCAUUUGCGUCUUUUCUCUAUGAACUGCUUAGUGUAGUGAGGUCUUACAAAAAAAGUGGGAUAUAUUGCAUAGGCCGUGAAAAGCAACAAUCCCAAUGGCUCAAAUCUAAAUAAGACUCCUUUAAUCACUAUUUAUCGGAACCGCAGUUUAUGUCACGGAGGACAUGUAACAGAAAGAUAAGUUGAUUUUAGGUACGGGGAAAGCAUUUGCGAAUGGAGUAAACGCGUAAUCCCGAGUGGAGCAAAUGGGAACUUCACUAUAACUGUGCCAGUAUACUAUAGUUAUAGGGUAAGUCUGGAAGUCCAAAUGUGUUAACAAAAGUCAAAAUUUAUCGACCUGUUGAGUAUUCUUUUUUGCCAGAACGUCACUAAACAUGUCCAAUAAUUAGAAUUAAAAUGUAGCUCAUGAUUUUUAGAGCGGAUAUAUAAACGAGGAACCUUUCGGAACAUAUCCAUGGGCAAGGGGCUGGUGCACCUACAAACAAGACUAUUUCCGAUGUCCCUAUGGAGACUGUACGCUUCCAAUCGUUUUAUAAUCAUUUUGGACAAACAUUUCUUCCUGUCGUAAAUGAUUUCGAGAGCAAUCGUUCUACUAGCUUCAUUUAACAAAAGAUCUUCCACUUGAAACUAGACAACUUUGUUACUUACUGUCUGCUAUGAACAUAAAUGUCCUGUGUACAAUCAACAUAAUGUAUAGAAUGAUAACUGGAUUUCAUUAUAGGUCUAUUAAACUAACAUUGCGGUUUACGUGUUUGUCUCUUAAGAUAACGACCUCUACACGACGGUCCUGACGCUUCCAAACAUCCAAAACGUUUCGUAUGUUAUGCUAAAAGAUAGUCGUCCAAUCACUCUUCACAAAGAGGAAGACACAACCGUCCGUAUGUUCAUUUGUUCCGCAGUUUGACGCAGUUGCCUGAUAUGUUUACACAUUUCUAACGCCUGACUUUUAACAAUGUGAUCUACCUUAGCUGGCUUUUACGUGCGAAAGGGCCAUCGGUUGGAAGUCUGCCCGCAAUACCUCACUGUCAAUUUGGUCUGGUAUUUCAAUGGCAAUGAAAGUAACCUGCAGGAUGUACGUUGUAGAAAUCAGUAUUUUAUGUUACGGAACAAUAACAAAAUUAAUAUUUUCCCCUUAUGUUUUCCGUUUUUUGACAGGUUAGUUGUUACAUGAAUGGGGAGCAAUUUUGCAGUGGAUUGCAACCCGGUGAAAAGCAGCCAGAUGAAAAAUGCGGUAAAUACAUAAUUUUUAUUUUACCCUACAGUUUUUGCUGUCCAUGAUAUACGAUUUUGGGAACGAGUGCUGUUAAUCUCGUCACCACCCAAUUUGAACUCAGUAAUAAGCUAAAUUAUUUGCGCUGUCGGCCAAACUAAUUUGAAUGGUUUUGCUGAAUUGAAGGAUACGCCCACGUAGAGCGAUUACUGUGCUCACUGUGUUUGUUUGAAUUUAUUUACCCGAAUUAUACUGAGUCCACUGGGUGCCAUUUGCCGACCCUACCCUCAUCAGUUGUUCAGUACCCUUUCAUCGCCGCAUGUAAUACUCAUCAUAUAAUUAAUCCUCGACUUCCACCAAUAUUUCAGCCUAUUGGAAGACUAAUGACAGAAUACGCAUUGGAUAUAGAUUUUAUAAACCAUCAACACGCUUCGGAUACUACUACUGUUACCUGGACAAAGGACUGACCAAAGCCCUGACAUAUAUCGUCGACUGGAAAAGUCAGUUUAUAAAUACUUUUAAAAACUCUUAUAGUUAUGCGACUGACUACUUCACUUAACAUUCAAGUGAUUCGUCGAUUUCAGUUAAAUAAUGGCCUUCAGCUUCUUAAACAAUAUAUGUCUUAAAGUCUUAGCGAUCGCGAUAUUAGUUAAAGGACCUGCAAUAGGCCAUUAAGUAAUGCUAGAGGCAUUUACUAGGAAAAAUAAAAAGGAACGAAGUUGCAUCCAUUACUAAAGCUGACUAAGGGCAUGAGGAGACUUUACAGAAAGGAAAAUAGCCCUGUUAUUUGUAAAUAAUUAGCCUGGCAAUGUACAUCUGAUAAGGUCCACUCACAAUGCACAAUCGCACUACGUUUGUCCCAUCUUCCUUGGCUCUGGGAGAGUUUAUAUGAUCUGAAAAUUCGAAAUUAUUUGUAAAACAGCUUUCGAAUUAAAAUUACGUUUGGUAAACGUUACUAGGAUGCAAAUGCGGUAGGAAUAAACGUCUCUGAAUACUAAUAUCCAUACGUUCAGCAAAUAAAUCUCCACUGCAGUAGUAUUCAAGCGGUUGACUACAUAUCACCUCUGUCACGUAUCCUAGAGUGUCGCGUAAACAAGCUUAAAGGACAAAUAAUUAAACCCUAUGAAUACAUUACGAUAAAUUUCCAGAAAUUAUCAAUUUCCUUCUCAGAUAUGCGUUUAAGACAUCUCGGCGUCUGGUCCGUAUCUUCAGGACAUAUUUGCGACGUAAUCUAUCAAUGUUCUUGCUCAUAGUAACCGACCAACCAUGUUUUCGUGCUGCCUGACUGACACAACUGUAACAAUAAGUUGCUUAAAAUUGGUAUAGAUGCCACAAAAACGAGGGACACAUCUGUCGUGACAGAGGCGAGUGCACCCAAGGACCUUCCAAGAGCUUUGCCCAUAACAACCUCCAGUGCAGAAAUAAUACUUCGUAAGUCAAUACCAAAAGGCCUCCCUUAUUGUCUCAAUAUUACAUGUAAGUAGACAUAAAAGGAACCACCAGUUAAUAGCCAGAAAAUGUCUGCCAAAAUAAUCCCUUGGCGAAAGUAAUAUCGGUUGUAUUACUGCACUGAAAAAAAACUUUAUUUAAGAAAGCGGACCCACAGAGGACGUCGGAGAUCGUAAUAAUGGCCGUGGAUACUUUCAACCGAUUUAGAAAAAUUAUGCUGAAUGACUGUGAAUACUUUUAGUCCUCACAAUCGAACUUGCUUUGGAACCCUUUAGGUGAGAUUCCUUUGUUGUGGCUGUGCCUCGGUCUUUCGAUGUAUCUGUGA